AUGGCGUCUACGAGGAUUUGCCGCGCGUCCCUCCUCGAACUCCGUUUGGAGGACCAUCAAGGCUACCACGACUUCAUGAGGAUGACAAGAAAUUGUUUUUGUGAAUUACUGCUAGGGAUGCCUCUCAUUUGCAAAAGUGAUACAAAUAUGAGGAAGGCAGUAACUCCAGAAGAACGACUAGCUGUGACUCUCCGAUAUCUUGCUCAGUAUCAUACCAUCGGUUUGCCAGGCACUUUAUCAAGUACUCGAGCCAAUAUAUCUGAAGAUUCCAAGUACUUCAGAGGAAUGGCAGAAAGUGGCACACAAGUUUUUCACUCGUUGGAAUUCCCCAACUGCAUAGGCGCAAUUGACGGCAAGAGGGUUUUGAUUGCCAAACCUGCAAAAUCCGGUUCUGAGUACUAUGACUACAAAGGCCAAAACAGUAUGAUAAUGUUAGCUAUGGUAGAUGCGGACUAUAGAUUUAUUUUUAUUCAUGCAGGGUCUCUUGGUAGAGCAAGUGAUGCAGGGGUAUGGGAUAAGCGUCCUCUGCGUGAAGCCAUGGACACUGGAUUUUUUAAUGUUCCAAGACCAGCUCCUCUGCCAUUCACCAAUAUUCGGUGUCCAUAUAUGAUUGUGGGUGAUGAUGCCUUUCCCCUAAAAUUAUACUUGAUGAAGCCUUAUCCUGGAAAAGACCUGAGUGUUGAACAAGGAGUGUUUAAUUAUCGGUUGUGUGCAAGGCGUGUUUCCGAAAAUGCCUUUGGAAUACUCUCGGCAAAAUUUAGGGUAUUCAAACAGCCAAUUUGUACGACUCCUAAAAAUGUGGAAGACAUAUAA